AUGCCGAAACACUACUGCGACUAUUGUGAUGUCUUCUUGACACACGACUCGGCAUCUGUUCGCAAAGCCCACAACAGUGGUCGUAACCAUCUCGCGAACGUUAGGGACUACUAUGCUUCACUCGGCCAUGACAAGGCGCAGAGCAUCAUUGAUCAGAUUACUUCAGCGUACGAGUCCAGUGGUGGCCCCCCUCCCGGUGGCUUUGGCUUUGGACCUCAGCAUCUAGCACCCCCCGCCGGCUACGGAGGGCCUCCAAUGGGAUUCGGAGGUCCUGGAUUUGGCGGUCCCCCGGGUGCCCGCCCGCCAUUCCCACCGCCUGGUAUGAUGGGUCCUCCAGGUGCGCCUCCUUUUCCGCCGAAUGGUUCGAUGCCUCCUCCCGGUAUGGGUCCUCCAGGUAUGCUACCUCCAGGUAUGGGUGCUUCUGGUGCCAAGAUGGCGUACUCUACCGAGGUUCUGCGGUGCGACCCGUCUUCCAUCUCCUUCGACGCUACAGGAACGCCGGUGAUAUCAUCCCAGGCGACCGCGGAAGCGCUUCAGCGUGCGGCCAGACUAGUCAAAGACAAGCAGACAGUAGCCUUCCCGACGGAGACUGUGUACGGGCUUGGCGCAGAUGCACUCGACGCCGAGGCAUCUUCAAGAAUCUAUGCAGCCAAGGGGCGACCGCCAGACAACCCGUUGAUCGCCCAUGUCUCGUCACGCGAGAUGCUGCAGAGACUCCUUCCGGUGUCCUACACCAUUCCUCCCAUUUACGAGGUUCUCAUUCGACACCUCUGGCCUGGGCCUCUCACACUCCUCUUUCCGACCAAUCCCGACGUAGUCCCUUCCCUCAUCACGGCCAACCAGCCCACUGUCGCGAUCCGAAUGCCGUCUCAUCCGGUAGCACGAGCCCUCAUUGCUCUCGCGGACACAGCCGUCGCGGCGCCGAGCGCGAACUCGUCUGGGCGACCUAGCCCUACCCGCGCAGAGCACGUACUCAAGGACAUGAACGGCAAGAUUGCUCUCAUCCUUGAUGGAGGCUCCUGCGACGUCGGCUUGGAGAGCACCGUGGUGGAUGGUCUCCACGAGGACGGAGAUCUCAGGGUUUUGCGACCAGGAGGCGUGACCGUGGAGGGCAUCGAGAACGCGCUUCGUGCGGAGAUGCAGGACGGCGCGACCAUCCCGAGGGUGCUCGUACACCGACGCGACUUCCGUGAUGAGGCUAUGGAGCAGGCACCGACGACGCCUGGUAUGAAAUACCGACAUUACUCGCCAACAGUGCCAGUCGUCUUGCUGAAGACUUCUGCACCACCGUCCUCGACACAGACUCAAAGUGUCGAGGCUUUCCUGGAUUCUAUACUCAAAGAACGGACAUCCAGCGAGCGGCCCCGGAUAGGUCUAAUGGUACCAUCCGACUCGUCGUUGCUUGCGCGCAUGACCGCUUUUGACGGCGUUGAGUGGGUCCCUCACCUACUUGGUCGGCUAUCGGAGCCGGGGGUCUCGGCCCAACGACUGUUCGAUGGGUUGCUGACCCUGGACAACGCCGGGGUCGACCUCAUUGUUGUGGAGGGGAUCAAGGAACAGAGGGAGGGGCUGGCCUUCAUGAAUCGGGUCAAUAAGGCGGCGGGUCAGACGGUGUGGAUAGACGACUCGUAG